AUGAGGAACCCCUUUGCCACCGUCCCGGCCGAGCAGCCAGUGCCCGAGCCCGUUCUCCGUUCCGAGACGGACAAGGAAGCCGGCAUGCCCCAGGCCGACGCUGUGGCAGGCAAUGACAACCUAAGCGACUCCGAGGACUCCAUCUCCAAGGAUGCCCAGCUCGGAGUCCAGAAAGUCGAGGCCACCACCAAGGUCUGGACCAAGCAGCACCUCAUCAUGGCUUACGUCUUCAUCUGGAUCAUCUAUUUCGUCGAUGCCAUGGAACAGGGACUCGGUGGCUUCCUUACCCCCUACGUCACCAGUACCUUCUCCCAACACUCAUUGACUGCAGCAACUGGAGUCAUUUCUGGAAUCAUUGGGGGUGUUUCGAAACUUGUUCUCGCCAAGAUCUUGGAUAUCUGGGGCCGCCCGCAGGGCUUCGUGGUCUGCAUCUCACUCCUCACUUUGGGCCUCAUCAUGAUGGCUGCUUGCCAGAACGUCGAGACCUACGCGGCUGCUCAGGUAUUUUACUGGGUCGGUUACAACGGCGUCAGCUACAGCCUUUCGAUCUUUAUCGCCGAUACUUCGCACCUCAAGAACAGAGCACUCAUGCUCGCCUUCGUCUCUUCGCCGUAUCUGUUCACGGUGUGGUUCACUUCCCCUCUCGCAGCUUCCGUUCUCGCCACUGUGGGUUGGCGAUGGGGUUUCGGCAUCUUUGCCAUUGUCACUCCCUUGAUGGCCACUCCUCUUGCGCUAUUGUUCCAGCUCAACUACAGGAAAGCCAAGAGAGAGGGCGUCAUGCCUGCGCACGAGAGUGGCCGGACCCUGGGCCAGAGCAUCAAGCACUACUUCUGGGAGUUUGACGUCAUCUGCUUGCUCCUGCUCUGCGGCGGCUUCUCGCUGUUCCUCCUGCCCUUCAACAUCUACUCGUACCAGUACUAUGGCUGGAGGGACCCGCUCACGCUCUCCAUGCUCGUGGUCGGCUUCGUCCUCCUCGUGGCUGCUGUCGUCUGGGAGCAGCGCUUCGCCCCGGUCAAGUUCAUGCCCUGGGACCUGCUCAAGGACCGCACCGUCCUCGGCGCCUGCGUGCUCGCCGCGGUGCUCUUCAUCGAGUUCUACUUGUGGAACGGAUACUUCUUCUCCUUCAACCAGGCCGCGCUGAACAUUGACAUCAUCUCGGCCGGCUACAUUGCCAACGUCUACAGCAUCGGCUCGUGCCUGAUCUCGUUCGUGGCCGGCAUCCUGAUCCGCUGGAGCGGCCGCUUCAAGUGGGUAUGCCUGUACCUCGGCGUGCCCCUGACCAUCCUGGGCGUCGGGCUCAUGAUCCACUUCCGCACGCCCGGCACGACGGUGGGCUACGUGGUGCUCCCUCAGAUCCUGAUCGCCGCCGGCGGCGGCUUCUGCGUCAUCUGCGAGCAGAUGGCCGUCAUGGCGGCCGCGUCGCACCAGCACGUCGCCGUCGUCCUCGCCGUCGAGGGCAUGUUUGCCAGCGUCGGCGGCGCCAUCGGCGGCUCCAUCGCCACCGCCAUCUGGACCUCGCUCUUCCCCGCCAAGCUCGCAGAGUACCUGCCCCAGGAGGCCCAGGCCAACCUCACGACCAUCUACGGCAGCCUGCCCGCGCAGCUCUCGUACGAGUGGGGGUCGCCCGAGCGCGACGCCAUCGUGCGCGCGUACGGCGAGGCCCAGAAGUGGAUGCUCGUCGCGGCCACGACCAUCCUGAUCGUGGCGAUCCCGGCCGUCAUGGUCUGGCGCGACAUCAAGGUCAAGGACUUCAAGCAGGUCAAGGGCACGGUCAUCUGA